AUGCGGCUUGGCGUGCAGAUUCCAGUCUGUGCUUCGAUCACAUCCUUGACAUUAGUGGCAUUGUGGACGAAGAGUGCAAGACUUACGGAGCAGCCCAGACUGCAACCGCAGGAGCAGCCCAUUCUGACGCAAAGCGGCAGCAGUCGCAGCCUGAUUGGCAGGAACUUGGUCCUAGCAGGAGAUUCGAACGAUGAGCGCUUCUUCCGGUAUUUCUGCAGGCGCCUGACCGGAGAGUUUGAUUCGAUACUGACAACAACGGAAAUUGUGAACCCUGUCGCGAGCGAGUAUCAUGGGAAGAUUCGGUGGCCCACAAUGGCCAGUGUCAUGACUUGCCAUGACCGCAGACGAAACAUAAGUGCGGCUUUCGUGUUCCAUCAAGGUCUGUACAGCAUUCCUCCGCAACCAACCUGGUAUCUUGAUUUUGCCCAUCGCCGAAUGCACACUCACUACCCCAACGCCGAAAGAAAGAGAGGUAUUCUUCCAAUCACUGACCAGGCACGCUGGAUUUGGCCCCAAGUCGUUCUCCAGCUGCUUCCGAAGCGCGAGAACAUACUGCUCCUUCAGUCUUCAAUGUGGGACUCUAUGGCUGUCCUCGAGGGGGUCGUUGGCACGCGAGUUUCGUUGAUGACAGAGGCACACGAGAACAUGACCGUUGAAGCUGGAGCCCACAUCUCGGCCACGAACUUGAGCACUUGGGGUUGGCUAUCGAGAGCGGAAGACGUUUGGUCUGCUUUGCUGCAAGGCUUCCAAGAGAACGGUUUGGACGUGGUAGCUCGUCUUUGGCGCACGAAUCCCGAUUGUCCUCGCUUGGUGCACGAAGGCUCAGCUAUUCUCAACCCGCUGAGUCGCCUCUAUGCUGAAGCGGUAAAGGACGCGCAGGCGGCGUCGGCGGGGGCAUGGUUGGACACUUGCAUAGUUGACUUACGUGGAUACUAUGUUGCUCCCAGCCCGAGCCAAUGUGACCUUCACCAUUUCACCAAACAAGGCUGGGAAGCCUACUGGACAGCGUUAAGCGACUGCAUGCAAAUGCCCACUGACACAGGAAAAGGAAGCAUCCGAUUUCCACGGAAGUUCUUAACAGGACCUGAGCGGUAUCGCUAA